UGUAAACUGUCGGCAUUAGUUGAUUUUCCUUCCAUUUUACCUUACCGUAACAGGCGACAAGAAUAACCCCUUAAACCAAACACUUUUUUUUUUCUUUCUUUAAACUCAAAGGAAUUCGUAGAUCAGAUCUUCUAUGCUUUGUUCUCUUCUACACCAUUUGAAUCUAUUAACUCAAACAAGCUCAGAUUGUUGAACUUAAUUUGGUCACUAGUUAAUUGGAUUCGUGAGCUCAGUGCUGGUUUCAAUUGCUUAUUAGGCGUGUUUAUCAGAAAUAAUAGUGUCAAUUUGAAGUUCUAAAGGGUUCACUACAAUUAGUCUGGUCAAGAUAAUUGGAAAUAUAAAGCCUAUAUAGACGACUUGGCGGAUAAGCUUGGUUGUCAAUGGGAGGAAGAUGUUUUGAUUGUGGAGGAAAAAGGAGAUGUUAGAGAGUGAAUUGACUAUUGAGAAGGUUGAACAGAGUGCAAGUGACAGCUUUCGUAGGGCGCCUUCUUUCUCGGGCUGGUGUGAUGAUAAUGACACCAUCCAUUCGGCUGAACUAGGGAAUGCUGGUACACUCACUGACGACUUUGACUUUGAACUGCCUCUGGUGAAUCAAAUAGGUAUAGGAAAUGGAUCUGUAGACGUAGAUACACAAAAUUACAACUUUAAGCCGAGGAUGAAGGGUGGUGGUGAUUUGGCUGUUGCAUCUACUGCAAAUGGAAAAGAUAGAUAUGUUCCGUUUGAUGUGGAGAACGGUUCUAGAAGUAAUCAAACAUAUUCAAAUGUGCACGGGGAAGGAUCUGCUCAUCUGGACCACCACGAUGCAUCACAAACAAAGUCAAAGAAUGUUGUUUCCGUAGCUGAUGUGCUGAAGACACUGUUCUUAAUCCUUGUAUGGUACAUAUUCAGUACAUUCUUGACAUUGUAUAAUAAAACUCUUCUAGGGGAUCAUCUAGGGAGAUUCCCUGCUCCUUUACUGAUGAAUACAUUCCACUUUGCAAUGCAAGCCAUUUUGUCCAAAGGCAUUACUUGGUUCUGGUCCCGAAAAUUUCAACCCACUGUAAAGAUGACUUGGAGAGAUUAUUUUUUGAGAGUUGUUCCCACAGCUCUCAGUACGGCAAUGGAUGUCAACCUCAGCAAUGCAUCCCUUGUUUUCAUAUCAGUGACAUUUGCUACUAUGUGCAAAUCUGCAGCACCGAUCUUUCUCCUACUCUUCGCUUUUGCUUUCAGGUUGGAGUCUCCGAGUUUGAAGCUGCUAGGGAUCAUGUUGAUUAUUUCUAUUGGGGUAUUAUUAACAGUUGCAAAGGAAACGGAGUUUGAGUUUUGGGGGUUUAUCUUUGUUAUGCUAGCUGCUGUUAUGUCUGGGUUCCGCUGGACUAUGACUCAGAUACUUCUGCAGAAAGAAAUCUACGGUUUAAAAAAUCCACUCACACUAAUGAGCUACGUUACUCCAGUAAUGGCUCUUUCAACUGCUAUGCUGUCUCUUAUUUUUGAUCCAUGGCAAGAGUUUGGAAGCAGCAGUUACUUCGAUAGUUCAUGGCACAUAACUAGAAGUUGUUUGCUGAUGCUUUUUGGUGGAACCUUGGCUUUCUUUAUGGUGUUGACGGAAUAUAUUCUUGUCUCUGUUACUAGUGCAGUAACAGUGACAAUAGCGGGAGUCGUAAAGGAGGCUGUCACUAUCGUGGUUGCUGUGUUUUACUUCCAUGAUAAGUUUACCUGGAUGAAAGGGGUCGGUCUCAUGACUAUAAUGCUUGGUGUGAGUUUGUUUAAUUGGUACAAGUAUGACAAAUUACAGAAAGGUAAUCCAAGUGAAGAUGAAAUUUCACGAUCCUCAACGCAAAAUGGAGCUGCAAAGUAUGUUAUUCUUGAAGAAUUGGAAGAUCAAGAGGAUGGCCCUUGAAGUUCUAAUAUCACUUUAUCUGCAUUUGCGAACCUACUAGAUGACUGCUGGCAAUGCUGAUGUUUUCAAGAGAGGAUGAGUUGCCAUAUUUGAAUUAAUACCAAAUAGAACGAAAGAGGCAGUGUCGAUUGAUUAGUUUUCGGCUUGACCCUGCACUGGACAGCCUUUGAUCAGUUUGCUGGUGAAAGAAAGAAGCUUUUCAUUCAUCAUUAUUGUUGGUAAAAAAGAUUGAUCAGUUUCCAUACAUAAAUACUAAGGGCCUAUUUUUGUUGGACAAAUUUUCGACAUUGUUCUUGUAUCUCUAUAUGAAGUUUUCAUCCACAUUCAUUCAAGUAUUUUUCGAGGUCUAUCUCCUCCUCGUAAUAUGAUCUUAGUACGAGUCGAUUAUAGAUCUUUAGUUUACUUGUAAAACAGGUUUGCCAUUGUAUUUUAGAUGAGUUUUUGCUUUGAUUCAAGAAAGUUUGUCAACUGAUCUCUUGUAUCAUGUCAA